AUGUCAGGAAAGCUCAAGGAACGCAAAAGAACCCCCGUUUCCCACAAAGUGAUAGAAAAGCGGAGGAGAGACCGGAUUAACCGCUGUUUGAACGAGCUGGGCAAGACGGUGCCCAUGGCCCUGGCGAAGCAGAGUUCCGGGAAGCUGGAGAAGGCGGAGAUCCUCGAGAUGACCGUUCAGUACCUGAGAGCUCUGCACUCCGCUGAUUUUCCCCGGGGAAGGGAAAAAGCAGAACUGCUAGCGGAGUUUGCCAACUACUUCCACUACGGCUACCACGAGUGCAUGAAGAACCUGGUGCAUUACCUCACCACCGUCGAGAGGAUGGAGACCAAGGACACCAAGUACGCGCGCAUCCUCGCCUUUUUGCAGUCCAAGGCCCGCUUGGGCGCCGAGCCCGCCUUCCAGCCGCUGGGUUCGCUCCCGGAGCCGGAUUUCUCUUAUCAGCUGCACCCAGCGGGGCCCGAGUUCGCAGGCCAUAGCCCUGGUGAGGCGUCCGUGUUCCCGCAGGGCGCGGCCCCGGGGUCCUUCCCCUGGCCACACGGCGCGGCCCGCAGCCCGGCGCUGCCCUACCUGCCCAGCGCGCCCGUGCCUCUUCCGAGCCCUGCGCAGCAGCACAGCCCCUUCCUGACGCCCGUGCAGGGCCUGGACCGGCAUUACCUCAACCUGAUCGGCCACGCCCACCCCAACGCCCUUAACCUGCACACGCCCCAGCACCCCGCGGUGCUCUGA